AUGGCGGAGCAGUGGGAUCUGGACGAGGAGUGCCUCCGCCGCCUGGGGGCGCUGACCCUGGAGCAGCCGGAAUUGGUGGAGUCUCUCUCAUUGCAGGGAUCUUAUGCAGGAAAAAUCCACUCUAUUGGUGAUGCCUUCAGAAAUUUUAAAAGUCUCCGAUCCUUAGAUUUAUCAAGGAAUUUGAUCAGUAGUCUAAAGGGAAUCCAGUAUUUAUGCUCACUCCAAGAUCUGAACUUAUAUUAUAACAACAUUCCUUCCUUAGUGGAGGUGUCCCGACUACAGCCCUUACCCUUCCUCAAAGAACUAGAUUUGAGACUCAAUCCUGUUGUAAGGAAAGAUACAGAUUAUCGGCUCUUUGCCGUGUACACGCUGCAAACACUGGAAAAACUGGAUGACCGUGCCGUCCGUGACAGCGAGAGGAAAGCAGCCAAGCUACAUUUCAGUCAGUUGGGCAACAGUGAAAAUUUUCUCUUAGAGGUGGAAAAAAGCUCUAGGGAGAAGACAGUGAAAAACUGUGUGACAGAUGAGGGUCCCGCAUCACAUGUCAGUCCUGAGGUUGACACCAGGAUGGAAACAGACUCAAACAAAGGACUUUUUAUUCCCUUCCCCAACCGGGAAAUAAAGGAUUCCCUAACCAGCAUUUGUACAACCCAGGGCAGUGGCACACCAGCUCAGAAAUUAGACGUUUUCCCGCUGGGGACACAGAUGCAGGAAGCAACAAGAAGGGAGACAAGUGACCUCCACCAGGAAGAUGGAUUAGAACUCAGGCUCUACCUGCCUCCUCAGAGCACAGUCCGAUCUCCAGAGAGGAUGACAAGCGAUGGAUACCGAGUGUCUUUUCUAGACACUAAGUCUUCAGGUUCUUCUCCAGAAAAGGACUUGAUACCAAAACCUGAUGCCUAUCCAGGCACCCAUGAUGCCUCCUUGGGUAAACGCCUGGAUGUGGGUGAUGCUAACCAGACCCUUCCCCAUCAGUUACCUUCUGAGGUUUGUCUGGACCACUAUGGUAAUCAAUAUUCUCAAACUCUCUGCCUGCACGGAAGUCUUGUCAAAAGGGCUCAGAAGGGCAAGAACUACCGAGAACAUAGCAUAAAGCCGUCACACGACAAAAAGGCCACCUCACCCCAUCCCCGUGGAGACUUACUAACAUCCCUGUCAAACCCCGACUCCGGCACGGCAAGGCUGCUGAGGCUUAGCUCAGAUCUCUAUGCCACAACCCAUUUCAACGGUGACCCUGCUCUGCUGGCCAAUGCCGAGCAGCAGUUAUCCAGCCUCCGCGAUUUUGCACCGGCACCAGGUUCUUUCCCAAGCAGCCCUGCCCCAGGAAAUUCUCUGCGGACACUGCUACUGCCUCCUGGGACUCCCGAAAACAGAGAGAUUCCAACUAAGAGGUCAUUAAGCCCUUCAAGGAGAGGAUUCAAGCGGAAGGACGGUAUCCUUGCCAACCCGAAUCUGAAGCGUGGCUUCCAAGAUGCUACAGGCAGCGAGGCGCAACCUCUCUCUAGUGACCUGGGCAGUUUGCAUGGUUUAUCAGGAAACCACAGCCCCCCGAUCUCUGCCAGAACCCCCCACGUGGCCACUGUCCUCAGACAGCUCCUGGAGCUGGUGGACAAGCACUGGCACGGCUCUGGCUCCCUCCUCCUGGACAAGAAGUUUCUGGGAAAUCAUCCGCUGGACAGUCACUCUGGACCAUCCACGGAGGAAAGUCUGAAGCAAAAACUGGUCAAAGUGCUGGAGGAAAACCUUGUUCUGUCAGAAAAAAUUCAGCAGUUGGAGGGAACCGCUACCACCUCGACUGUGAGUGGGCACCCAUCACACACACAUGAUGAUCUUCUGCGCAAAAACCAACAGCUGACCAUACAGGUGGCUUGCCUGAACCAGGAGCUGACUCAGCUGAAAAGACUGGAGGAGACAGUUGCUCUUCUCCAUGAGAGUCAGAGGUCCCUGGUGGUAACUAAUGAGUAUCUGCUGCAGCAGCUGAAUAAAGAGCAGAAAGGUUAUUCCGGGAAAUCUCUCCUGCCUCCCGAGAAGAGUCAUCCUUUGGGGAGAUCAUCGCCCUUUGGGAAAAGCACGCUGUCUUCCUCCUCACCAAUGGUACACGACACGGGUCAGUACCUAAUACAGAGUGUCUCAGAAGCCGACCCCGAGCCUAGUCUGUGGAGCUAG